AUGUCCGAUAAUAAUCUAAUAAAUUAUUGUUUAGACAAAAAUCAUAUACGCAUUGAUUAUACAACAUUAACACCCCGUUUUUCAGUAACUAAUAAUGAUAGCCUUAAUGAUGGUAUUACUCAUUUAAAUGAACAUGAGAACAUUCCUGGACGUCAUAUUCAACGUCAUGAUUCAACAACAUGGUCAAAUAAUUGGCCUGGUAAUACUCAAUUUGGUAUUAUAAACGAAUGUGGUAUUGGUCAAUCUGAUUUUAUGUGGAAUUUUCAUUUGAUGGUUGUGGAAUUUUUCGUAAUUGAUAUUAUGAACCAAAAUGGAAAACAACGAUGGGAUGGUUUUAUUGCAUUAACUGAUCAUAAUGAAACAACAGGUGGUCUUAUUGUUUUUCCACAUACACAUUUACGUUUUAGUGAAUUAAAUGAUCUUGCACAUCGAGGAAAUGCUAUAGGAAAAUUUAUUCAUUGUCAAUCUGAUGAUCCUGUUCUUUGGGAUUUCCGUCUUGUACAUUGUAAUUCUUGUGCUUUUGUUUCUGAUGAACGAUUAAAAAAUCAAUCAAUUGAUUUCUUACGAAUUGUUGCCUAUGUUAGUAUGAGUCCAACAACAUUUAUAUCUAAUCAAACAUUAGAUCAAUUUCGAAAAAAAAGAAAACUAUUAGCACAAAAUAAUUGUACCUUAACACAUUGGAGUACUGAAUUAACAGAAGCAAGCUCUACUUUUAAUUUACCAAAAAUAUCAUUAGAAAAACUGGAUGCAUAUCAACGUGCACUUAUUAUUGGAACUAAUCUUGAUGAUGAAUAA